AUGGGGGCCCCGCAGCGGUCCGGCUGGUUCGGGUUUGGCUUCCGCGGCUUCGGGCAGGCCCUGGGCUCCGAGCGGGGGCCGCGGAGCAGCCUGCACGGCCCCGAGCCGCUGGUGCUGGAGGACAUCGGGGAGGGAGACCCGGAAAAGGCCCAGGCUGCGGUCACUGACGUCCACCAAGUGCGGCCAAGCUGGAGCUUCACCGGCUUCUUGACUCGAGACAGGCGCCUAGUGCUGUCAGGCUCUGUGAACGGCCAGCUCUCUGGCUGCAGGGACGCCAUGGCCUCAGAGCAGCAUGUGCUGGUGCUGCGUGUGGAGGUGGAGGGAACCCCAGCGGAGGUGCAGGCCUGGGCUGCAGCCUCUGAGCUGCAAGGGGAGCCCCUGUGGACACGGAAGAUCCUGCGUCAGGGAGGCCGGAAGAAGGAUUCUGGCUCUGGGGACCAGGCUGGAGGUCAUGGAGGAAGCCCCCUGGAUCCUGCUUUGCUACCCUUAGUUCCCGAGCCAGGGUGGUAUGUGAGCCCCAGGCAGCCUUUCUCGCAGCCCCUGGCCCCUGAGCUGAAGGCCCGCCAGCUGGUGCUGGGGGCAGAGCAUGCCCUGCUGCUGGACGAAACGGGGCAGGUGUACACGUGGGGCACAGGCAGACUUGGGCAGCUGGGCCACGGGGCCCUGGAGGCAGAGCUGGAGCCCCGACAGGUGGAGGCGCUUCAGGGCCUAACCAUGGCUCAGGUCGCAGCUGGCGGAUGGCAUUCUCUCUGCGUGAGUGAGGCUGGUGAUCUCUAUAUCUGGGGCUGGAAUGAAUCUGGGCAGCUUGCACUGCCUUCCAGAGCCAUAGCAGAAAGAGAGAAGACAGUGGCAGGUGCUUCUGGGCCCUGCUCAUGCAGUCCUGAAGCGAAAAUACCAGCCACGGUUGGGGAUGGAGAUCCUGCUCAGUUCAUAUCAAUUCAGCCUUUCCCAGCAUUCCUGGAUCUUCCCAGUGGCUCAGAGGUCAGCACGGCCAGUUGUGGAUCCCGACACACAGCUGUGGUGACACGAGAUGGUGAACUCUAUACUUGGGGCUGGGGUAAAUAUGGACAACUUGGUCACAAGAAUACGGCCAGUUUGGAUCAGCCCCAACGGGUAGACUAUUUCGCAGACAAUCUGCUCCACGUGGAAGCUGUAAUCUGUGGCCCAUGGAACACUUAUGUGUAUGCUGUGGAAGGGAAGAACUGAUCAUCUAGCCAGCUGGACAAAACCACAUUGUAGCUGAAGAAUCUGAGUCAUUUGUGUGUCACUAUGUCUUUUUAUAGGUGCAGAAAACAAAUUAGGGAAAAAAAGGUGGAAAACCCUUGUCCCUGUUUAUAUCUGUAUUGGUAUUGGCAAUUAUUAGCAAGGCAAGAAACCAACAGGUUGGUUUGGUGCAUGCCUAGUUCUAAGUUACCUCUAACCCAACCCUAAAAUUUGCUUCGUUAAAAAUCCUGAAAACAAACUUUCAGGUAAAAUAAUUCAGGUCUUUUAAAGUUACCUUUUAUCUUUGGCAGCUUUGAAAUGCUAAUGACAGAUAUGUAUACCUUUUAACUUUAGCAUUGAAAAGCUGUUACAGUUCUAUACCACCUACCCAGCCAUACCUUGGAUGGUUUUAGCAUUCAAAACCUAAGUCUCUGGUGAUGCACCCUUCUACACUUAAAGAGACCAGUUUUCAAAACCUUUACAGCUGUGUAGAACCUGUUGAGGCUGACAUUCCUUUCCUUCCAAUCACCAGGGGCACUUCCCAGGAGAGUAAGGCCUGAGAGAGGGGGCUCUGUGCAGAAAAAGAUGUUAGAUACAUGGGAGGAAAUGAAGAUGUUUUGGCUGUCCUUUUGAAGGUUGGAAGAGGGAGGGGGCAACUAGGUGCCACAGUGGAUAGAGCACUAGCCCUGAAGUCAGGAGGACCAGAGUUCAAAUCCAGCCU